AUGACAGUAAAACUUUCAGUUGCUUUUGUUUGCCUCGGCAAUAUCUGUAGAUCACCAAUGGCUGAAGCUGUAUUCAAACAUACAGUGAAACAAAAGGGUUUAGAGGACAGAUUCGAAAGAAUUGAAUCAUUUGGCACAGCAGGAUACCAUGUAGGAGAAGAUCCUGAUCCUAGAAGUUCUGCUACUUGCCGUAAACACGGCGUUCCAGUUUCGCACUCUGCACAACAGAUAAAAGCUAAGCAUUUUGAUGAAUUUGACUAUAUUAUCUGUAUGGAUGAAUCUAACUUGAGAAAUCUAAAAAGACUACAACCAAAGAACUCGAAAGCACAAGUCUCCUUAUUUGGGAAGUGGAAUACUGAUGGGAAGUUCAGGGAAAUUGUAGAUGAUCCAUACUACGGCGGAAAUGAGGGCUUCGAGUAUAAUUUCAAACAAGUUCAGUACUUCAGCGAACAGUUUCUAGAAAAGGAACUGAAAUAA